AUGGAUGCGAUAGGGGUUAGCAAAGCUCCUUAUUUCUUCUCUACCAGGUGUUGUGUUUGCCUGAGAGUGAGAGUUAGCAGAGGUAGGAACCGCUGUGAAGCUUUCCGCUCCAAAACCCCAACUGGUGGUGCCGCCUUCAGCCGCUUGCUUGUUCUGGUGCCCAUUGUUUCUUGUUCUAAAGAUUUGGAUUUGUUUCUUGUUCUGGUGCCUUCAGCCGCUUGCUUGUUCAAGAGUCUUGACAAAAGUUGUUUAGGUCCUUUGAGGAAAGCUUAUUGCAGCUCUCUUAAUCUACUUUUAAGGCAUGAGGCACGUGAAUUUGCUAAUGAGCUUAGAGCAAUUACAAAAGCAUCAAGAAAUCCAACUGUUUUGCUCGAAGGUUCAACUGGUUCAAAUCAAAAUGUAAACAAUGUAGAUACUUCCACUGCUCUGAAUAAUAUGCCAAAAUGCUCACCAUAUUUAUCCCACUCCUUCUUGAUGAGUCCAGUAGGACUCAUCACAUGCAUGACACAAGGAACUACUAGUCUUCUUAGUAAUACAGUUUAUGCCAUAAGUGAAGCUGCCACCCAAGAUCAAGUUCCAGAGAAUGGUGUCAAAGGAAUUUCUAAGGAUAAACCACUGUAUGCUUUUGAUCAGUGGGAGGCUUUGCUCUCCUUGAAGAAGAGUGGCAAAAUUGAUGAAUUAUUAUUACAAGAUCCACCAGGAGCAGGAAAAACACAAACAAUUCUUGGGCUUCUUAGUGCCAUAUUACAAACCAGCUGGGUAACAAUCUUGUUGAAAUGA